GGGAAAACAAGAGUCCUGUGAGUCAGAGGUCCUUCGCUCUCCUCCUCACUCAAGACUGCAGAAUCCCAGCUCAAACAGCUCAGUGCCAUGGCUCUAGAGCAGGGCCAGCCAACAGAAUACUACUACGAGGGAAACGAAAUGAAUGACACUUACGACUACAGCCAGUAUGAAACGAUCUGCAUAAAAGAAGAGGUCAGGCAGUUUGCAAAAGUCUUCCUCCCUGCCUUCUUUGCAAUAGCCUUUGUCAUCGGACUGGCAGGGAAUUCCACAGUUGUGGCAAUUUACGCCUAUUACAAGAAACAGAGGACCAAGACAGAUGUGUACAUCCUGAAUCUGGCUGUGGCAGACUUGUUGCUUCUGGUGACACUGCCCUUCUGGGCAGUUAACGCAGUCCAUGGGUGGAUUCUAGGGAAAAUGAUGUGCAAAGUAACUUCGGCCCUGUACACGGUAAACUUCGUCUCUGGGAUGCAGUUCCUGGCUUGUAUCAGCAUUGACAGAUACUGGGCAAUCACUAAGGCUCCCAGCCAAUCAGGAGCGGGGAGACCCUGCUGGAUCAUAUGUGGCUGUGUGUGGGUGGCUGCUACCUUGCUGAGUAUACCCCAGCUGGUUUUUUAUACCGUGAAUCACAAUGCCAGGUGCACUCCCAUCUUCCCCCACCACCUGGGAACAUCCCUGAAGGCAUCCAUUCAGAUGCUGGAAAUCUGCAUCGGCUUUGUGGUUCCCUUUCUUAUCAUGGGGGUGUGCUAUGCCAUCACUGCAAGGACGCUCGUCAAGAUGCCCAAUAUUAAAAAGUCUCGCCCCCUCAAGGUUCUGCUCACGGUGGUUGUAGUUUUCAUUGUCACCCAGCUGCCUUACAACAUUGUCAAGUUCUGCCAAGCCAUAGAUGCCAUCUACUUGCUGAUCACCAACUGUGACAUGAGCAAGCGCAUGGAUGUCGCCAUCCAGGUCACAGAGAGCAUAGCACUCUUCCACAGCUGCCUCAACCCUGUCCUGUAUGUCUUCAUGGGGGCCUCCUUCAAAAACUAUAUCAUGAAAGUGGCCAAGAAAUAUGGAACCUGGAGAAGACAGAGACAGAACGCAGAGGAAAUUCCUUUUGAUUCCGAGGCUCCUACAGAUCCAACCAGUUCUUUUACCAUUUAAAUAUACAAUGCUCUCUGCUUUUUGCUUGGACACACACACACACGUGAGCUUUCUUACUCAAAUAAAAUAUUUGUGUUACACUGAGACUCAAAUGUCCAACACUAGACUGUUGUUGCAAUGUAUAACAAAGGGUGAGGGUGUGGCGAAGACAGACACCAGAAAGUAAACAACAAAUGGUCAGAACCUGGAAAUUAAAGUUACUACAGGAAAACAGCAUGGCGGGAAGGAGAAAAACGCUGUACUCUAAAGAGGAAGCCUUUAUGGCAGUGGGGUGUUUUCAUCUUGACUAUAGUGGUGGCUACUCAAAUCUAGGUGUGCCACAUAGGAAUUUCAACUGCCGACUUUUGAUAGCAACUGUAAUUAUGAAAUAUAAAACAUUGGCUAAUGAGCAUCCAAGACCAUCCUGUGUGAUAAGUCACUGUGUAAGGGUUAUCCGGGACCGUCCUGUGUGAUAAGUCACUGUGUAAGGGUUAUCUGGGACCAUCCUGUGUGAUAAGUCAUGGGUAAGGGUUAUCCGGGACCAUCCCGUGUGAUAAGUCACUAGGUAAAGAGCCCCCAAGACCAUCCUGUACUAUUUUGUAACUUCCUUUGA